AUGGGGCCGAGAAACCUAGACAAUUGCCUAUCCCAAAUUGAGCCUUCAAUCUCUGAUUCCCAAAACUCAGCUCUCACUUGCCCUUUUUCUGUGGAGGAAGUCCAAAGAGCAGUGAAACAGAUGGGUAAUUUCAAGGCCCCCGGGCCGAAUGGGUUCCCAGGGAGGUUCUAUCACCAGUAUUGGGAGGUAGUUAGAGACAAUAUUAAUUAUGGUGUGGCUAGAUUUCAGAGGGGAGAGGCCAAUCUCAGUUCCAUUAGAAGAACAAACAUUGUUCUGAUCCCUAAAAUUCCCCUUCCAGAGACAAAUGCUUUUGUUCUUGGGAGACAAAUUCAAGAUAAUCUCAUUGUGGCACAUGAGGUCUAUCAUUAUCUGAAAUUGAAGAAGGCGAGCUCAAAUCAUGAGAUGGCGUUGAAGUUGGACAUGAAUAAGGCGUAUGACCGUGUGGAGUGGGAUUUCCUUGAAGCAACUCUUUUGAAGUUCGGUUUUGAGCCGAGGGAAAUUCUCAUAAAAUUGGAGGCCAUGGUGGUGCCAUCAUAUCCAAUGGCAAUUUUUCUCAUGCCAGGUACUUUGUGCAAGGCUAUCAACUCGGACAUAGCUAACUUUUGGUGGGGGUACUCAGGCUCCAAACCGAAAAUUCACUUCAGGUCCUGGGAUUCUGUUUGCAAGAGCAAAUCUGCUGGGGGUAUUGGUUUCAAGGACUUGGCUGUUUUCAACAAGGCUUUCCUAGGAAAGCAAUGCUGGAGACUUAUUAAGAACCCUAACUCUCUUUGGUGCCGUGUUCUAAAAGGAAGAUAUUUUGAGAAUUCAAAUUUUGUGCAUGCAAAGAAAGGGUCGCGUCCUUCUUGGGUUUGGAAUAGCCUUUUAGCUGGCCAAGACACAAUCACCUCAAAUGCCUUCUGGCAAGUAAGGAACAGGCAGUCAAUUGAAGUAUGGAAAGAUCGUUGGGUGCCGAACUCUAUUGGGGGUUCAAUCAUUCCGAUUGACACUUCAAACAGGUUUACGCCACUCUUGGUAGCAGAGGUGAUUGAUGAGAAUAGGGAAUGGCAGAUUGAUCAUCUUAAACCCUUCUUAAGGGAUUCAGAUUUCAACUCAAUUAAGGCCAUCCCCAUUGGAGCUGCUUCAGAAAGAGAUGUUCUUGUUUGGCCUCAUUCCAAGAGCGAGAACUAUUCUGUCAGAAGCGGUUACUACAAAACUCUCUCAGCUUGGGUUCCUAAAGCUUCAAUCAAGGCAUCCACUUCUCACAAGGUUGAUCCUCAUGUCUGGAAGAUAGCCUGGGGAUCCAAGCUGGCACCAAAGGUUUCAAACUUCACUUGGAAAGCCUUGGCUAACGCUCUUCCAACUUGUGAGAAUCUUCACAAGAGGAAUAUAGGGAACUCCCCCUUAUGCAAAAUCUGUGGUCUCUUUCCAGAAACUAUAGAACAUUGUCUUCUUCUUUGUGAAUGGACAGAGCUGGUUUGGUUUGGUAGCUUGGCAGGCUAUUCCCUAAAUAAGCAAAGUAUCACUACCUUGGAGAAGUGGUUAUUGGAGACUGAUAAAAAGGGAGCUUUCUUGGCCGAUGAUAAACAAUUCUGUUUGCAGCUUAUUCUAUGGCACCUUUGGGAGAUUUGGAAGCACCGUUAUGAGAUUGUGAUGAGUCAUGGAAAGCCGAAUCCUAAAGUGGUCAUCGAGAAGAUAAAACACAAUUUUGGGGAGUGGGGUGCAGCUCAGGUGUCUAAUCUUAAGUCCCUUAAUAUGACUUCUUCUCAAAGUGCUAGCAACGACUGGUGUCCCCCUCCGAAUCAUGUUGUAAAGGUUAACAUGGAUGGAGCUUGGGAUGAUCAGACAAAGAUUAGCGGAAUUGGGAUUGUAAUUAGGAAUCAUAGAGGAGCGUGCCUUGCUGGGGCAAGCCUUUAUGGGAAGUACAAUUCAACUAUUGAAAUGGAGGCGGAGGCAGUGGUGCGGGGACUUCAGCUUGCAAAGCGCCUAAGGUUCCAAUCUAUUGUGGUUGAGGGGGAUUGCUAUGAGGUGUUCUCUGCCAUCAAGUCCUCUAUUUAG